GAGAGAGAGAGAGAGAGAGAGAGAGAGAGAGAGAGAGAGAGGCUAGUGGGUGGAGAUGGAUGGAGACAGAAAGAGACGGUGGGACUGCGGAGUGAAAGCCAGACCGGAGGAGAUGCAGCUUGUAAAGAAGGGACACUCAACAUUGACUGGUGAGAGGAGAGAAAGAACGAGUGAGCGGGAUAAGUGCAGACAUAGGAAAGGGAAGCGGGCCUGUCCAACACAGGGAGGAAGAGUGUGAGUUGUUGUUCCAGGGGCAGAAGGGAACUGAUGGGAUGGCACUGAUCCCCGGGAGCUGCAGCUUCCUGGGCCAAAUGGCGUCUUGUUGCUGCAGACCGCUGCUCAACUCCUCCUGCUGUGGACCCCUCAUCAAAUUCUGCCUCUCCUCCUUCACAGACAUCUCUCCUGCUGAGCUGGAUGCCCUGUGGAGGGAGCCAUCAUACACUCUCGGGGGGACCAAUGACCACUUCUCAGGAAAUGACAUCAUGACUGAAGGAGCAGGUGAGGAUGAUGAUGGCCCCCUGGGGGAGUCGGGUGAAGGAGAGUUGGAGCCAGGGAACUACUGGAAGAGGAAAGAGGGUUUCCUUCGAGGAAGUCGGGUGACACUGGGAGAAAAAUUCCCCUCAGAAAUUAUGCUCUUUUUUACUGGACGGCGACGCUCCAGUGCGGAUCCUGACCGGGCGCUCCAGGAGUCCCUGCGGACUCGACUCCGAGUGGUGGAGAGCAACAGCAAAGAUGUCACCCAGUUAUUUAAAGAUCUGUCUGCACGUCUGGUGUCUGUCCAUGCAGAGAAAGACAGCUUUGUACUCUCAUUCAAAACUGUGGAAGAGAUCUGGAAGUUUUCAACUUAUUUAACAUUAGGUUAUGUGGCUCGCUGCUUGGAGAACUUCCUGUGUGAUCAGUCCUUCUGGCUGGCCCCCAAACUGCUCAGUGACUUGGAGAUAAACGUGACAGUGGAUGAGGAUCAACUGGCCACUCUCUACCUGGCACUUUUACCUCAGGAAGGAUCCUUCUUUGCUAAAGCACUCUACACAAGAGUUGAGGAGGAUGAUGAAGAAAAGCUGUCUUUCAAAAAGAACGAUCUGCUAAUGGUGAAAGACACAGGACAGGAUGACAUGUGGGAGGGUACAGUGCUCUCCACCGGACACCACGGACUAGUGCCUAUUGAUGGCACUCAGCCGUUGCCCUACCCUUUCUACCAAUGGUUCCUGAAGAAUUACCCAGGCAGUGCGGGAUGCUCGCCAUCAGAAAAAGAGCCGUUUGAACAUCCACUUGUGACAGGUUUGUGUGUCGCAGUGGUCGACUACACUCCUGUGGGCCAAGAUGAACUCUAUUUGAGUCAAGGUGACACUGUAGAGAUCCAGGGACUACUUGUAAGAGGCCUGGGCGUCUUCAUUGGAAAACAUUGCUCCACUGGUCGUGCUGGUUUCGUCCAAAAAGCCCACAUCAAACCUCUGGACAUCAUGCCUCUAGACAGACAACUGGUCUUUCUGACCGAGGAAGAGCGGGCAUCCCUGGCUCAGACUAAACCGUUCAACUCUGAGUCAAGUGACAGCAACCUACUAGAAAAGCUCUUCUUAUCCGACAUCAGCUCUGUGUACAGGCUCGACAGGCUGGAUGAGUCUGACUUCAUGUACAUCAGGAAUCGCCCCAAACGAGAUCACAGGGUCCCUGCAAGCACUCGUCAGAGCGUCAUGUCAGAGAAAAACGGGGGGACGCCCCCGUACCAUUCCUCUCCACGUCCAUCGCUGUCUCACUCCUCCCCCCGUGUGUCCCUCUAUCAGUCUCAAAAUCAUCUGCCUCACGAGGACGAGCCCUUGUCCUUCGCUCUUGGCGACACAUUCAGGGAACUGAAUGAUUUCCAGGAGGACCCGCCUCUCUUCUUGGAAGAAAACAGUUGGGAGGGGGACCAGUCUGAUCUCAGUGACCCCACGCUGACCUUACUAAACCAUGGCCACUUCCAGGAAGAGUUCCUACCCCUGUACGACCUUCAGUGUUCCUUCCUGUGGGUGACCUUCGAUGGGAAGAACGAAAGCGAAUUGUCAGGGCAGCUUGAGAGCGUGAGGGAGUGUGCAAAGAGGAUGGGCAUGCAUUGGGCACAUAGACGAGCGUGCUUCCUCCUGGGAAGACUUUGUGCCAGGAAGCUGAAGCUAUCCCAGGCCCGGGUGUACUAUGAAGAAGCUCUCAGUGUUUGUGUUGACAGUUUCUGUGACACGCCGCUGCUAAUCGCUCUGCUAACCAACGUUACCGCCAUCUACCUGAAGCAGCGUAUGACAGACAAGCUGCCCCUCACCCUGGAAAAGGCCAGUGCCUUGCUCCUCUGCCUUCCCAUCCACACCUACACAUCCUCAGAUGAAAUUGAGCUGCUCAAGCUGCUUCUGAGGAGGUCUGUGGUAAUGGGAGACAAAUACCUAGAGGCCCGCGUGUGCUACCUUAUCUCCAGCCUAUUCCUGCUUCUCCGGAAACCUGAUGAUGCUCUUCCCUUUGUUGAGCGUCUGCAGUUCCUAUCCGCAACUCUUUCGGCUAAUGAUGGGUAUCCCAUAGCGCCCUUGGACCUCAACUGGCUACUGAGCUGUUUGUAUCACCGUAAAUACAUGCCUUAUCUGGCACUGGCUUCUCUGAGUCUGGACUCAAGGCAAGACCACUCACUCCAUGAUGCUUUCCAGAGGAUUGAGUUGUUCAUCAGAAACGCUGUGCGACUGAACCCUUUCUGGAAGGAAGGAACCUCUCUGCUCCCUGCCCAGAUUGUAGUCUACCUCCUCCAGGCUCUGGCGAUAGCUGAGAAAGAUGGCGACUUAAAGACGCAGAGGGAUCUGUGUCUGGGCUUGGCCUCUGUUUACCAGCAGUAUGAUGCCCUUGAUAAAGCUGUGUGCUGUGCCCAACAAGCAGUGGAGACAGGAGCCUACAUUAACGAGGAAGAAGGCUUCGAGGCCUCUGUGCAGCUAGGUUGGUUGCUGGUGUUGACAGGCCAGGCUGAGAAGGCACAGCGUGUCCUCCAGCCUCUGCUUGUAUCACUGCAGGGCACUGAUAGCUCCACUCAGAGAGGCGUCAUCCACAAUCUCUUGGCCUUGUGUCUGAGGCAACGAGGCUGCAUACCAGAGGCAGGCUGGCAGCUGCACUCGGCCUUGGUGAUAUCAAGGGAAAGUGGAAACCAGAGGAAUCAGGCCCUGGCCCUCGCCAACCUGGGCUGCCUGGCACUGGAUGUCGGGGCAUCCACAUUGGCAGAAAAUUUUUUGGUCAGGUCUUUGCGAAUUUUUCCGGAUCUAUGGGAGAGCCCCACAGAUGAGGAACAUGUCCAGACAUACCUUUGGUUGGGCAGGAGCUACAAAGACAGGGGGAAGAGUCACAACAUCAGGGUGUGCUAUGAAAUGGGGCUUCUGAUUGCACUGCAUGCUAGAAAUCUACCCAGUCAAUUGGUGGUGGCCAAGGUGCUGAGUCGACUGUAUUCUGACAUGCUGCUCUAUGCUCAAAGCAUUGUCUACUAUGAACACUGUGUGUCAGUAUCUAGGGAACUGAAAGACAAGAGGCUGGAAGGAGAGUACCUUGAAAUCCUAAGUAGCCUCUACCUGUCACUAAACACGGAAAGAUCAUCUCGUAAGUCUCUGGACUACACAAAGCAAAGCCUGAGGAUUUCUAUUGAUCUGGGCAAAAGAGAAGAAGAGUCUGAGACCUGGUUGCAGGUGGGAAGAAUCUAUUAUCUCAUCCAGGAGGAUGAGCUGGCCGACAUGUAUUUGCAGGCAGCUGUAAAGACAGCUCUGAGAAUGAACGACCCUCAUUUUUCUAUGAGCAUAUACGAAGAGGCGGGGGACGUCUACUUUAAAGGUCACAGAAACAGGAUAGCUUCAAUGCCGUUCUACAGGGAUGGCAGUUUACCAUUUGCACGGAGUAUCAGAGACAUCAACUCAGAGUUCCGCUUGUUGAGUAAACUAACAGAGCUGCUGAUGAACCAGGGGGAGCAGGACGAGGCUCUGCAGUACGCCACACUUGCAGUUGAGAUCGCUAACAAAACAGGCGUGCUUAUGAAUGAGAGGACGGCCUACCACAGACUGGCGACUGUCUACUACAGCCUGCAGCUGUACGAAAUGGCGGAAAACUACUAUCUCAAAUCGCUGUCACUCUGUCCGCCUGUGCUGCACCACACAAUGGAGGCUCGCUACUACACUCAGGUCUACUGCAGGCUGGGAAAUAUCACUCUGCACAAGCUCAAGGAUGCUUUUGAUGCACUGGGUUACUUCCACCUGGCUCUGGCUGCUGCCCUGGAGGAUCAGGAAAACCCAGAGGCUCUGUACGUGGUGUACAUGAAGCUGGCGGAGCUCCACGGCAGCCACAUGCCCGAUGCUCGGCUGUGUCAGUUUUACACAGACCGAGCCCACAACUUGAGAAGAAUCCUGUCAGGAGAAGAAGCUGUGAACGAGGAAACUGUGACGGACUCAAGCGAAGACGGUGUACGUGAGCCAUUCCCAAGAGCUUGUCCCAUCCAAAUUGAUGAUGGCAAAAGGAAGCAGGAUGAAAAUAUUUCUCCUCCAGAUACGGAGAGUCAGUUUGUUGAUGCCUCUGCAUUCAUCACCAGUCGGUCGUACAGUGAGAGUAUCCUGACAGAGUCCUUUGACACGGCCAGGGAGCACAUGUCAGACUCCUGCAGCUCCACUGACACUGUACAAAACUCCCAAGGGCAAGCGAAGGGUAAUGGUUUGAUCUCUCGUGACGUCAGGCACACUCCGGAUGAAGAAACAGAUUUUCAUCAAAAAGAUUCCUCUCAGAUAGACAUAAGCAUGAAUGGAUAAGAACAGACUUUCAUGGACAUGUGGAUAAGCUAAGCAACAAUUCCCAGUGGCACUUUUUGUUCAUUUCGUUUGUCUGGUCACAAGUCACGUUGGCCAGUUAAUGCAAUGUUCCAACAACACGGCACUUUCUGUAUAGAAAGAGAGGUCACUUUAAAAGAUGUGCCUUUUUUUAAAUGAUGUUUUUUCAAGAGUUACCAGUGUCCUGGUGAUGUAAAGGUUCUUUUUUUCAAUGUCUUUUAUAUCUCUGCAAGAUGAAUCUAAAAUGAUGUUGUAUGUCUUUUUCACUGACAAAAAAGAACAGUGUACCGGUAAGUGCAUUUCAGAUGACAUGAUGAUAUGAAUAAAUUAUUUUUAAGUCAC